UUUUUUUUUUCUUUUUCAUCCCAUUCCUUUUUAUACUCAUCAACUGGCUUGAUUAUUCACUAUUAUCAUUAUUUUACUCUCCUUAACCUUCCUCCUUUUUUAAUAUUUACAUAUAUAUAAUGACCAAUAUUGAUGUACUUACUGAUGAAUGGGUAAAAAAGUUACAUUUUGAAAAUCGUGUGGAUUUGAAUUUGCAGAUACCUGCGUCUGGUGAAUCGAUGAAAGUUCAAGUAGGUGACAUUCCUCCUGAACAUAUACCUCAACUUGGUUUACCCUCCUUGGACAACAAAGAUGAUUUUAAAUCACUAUUGGUGGAGAAAAAGAAUUCAAUACCGGAUCCUACUUCAAUUCCUACCAGUGAUUCAUAUCUUAGUUCAAUUGUAUCUUCAACAAAAUCGAACAAUAACAUUGAUACUACUACGACUACUAUGACUACGACAGGAUCUUGUCAAGGAACAACGGAUUGUUCAUGUUAUAAAUGUCAACGGCAAAGACGACGUGCUGGUACGAGGAUACGAAUGAUACCAAAUGAUCCAAAUUUAACAAAUUUGAAUACAACAAAAUCAACUUCAUCAAUACAACAAGAACAACAGCCAAUUUCUUCACCUGAAAUUUCACCUACAGCACUAACACCAAAUAUAGUAAAACUUGAACCACCCAACACACCAAGACCAACUAUAUCUCGAAAUGGAUCAUUUGUUUUAAGAAAAAAACCAAGUAUUAAAUCUUAUGAAAAGCAUUUACCACGACCCACUUAUUCAGAAUUGGAUAGUAUUUAUCGCGCAAAACAACAAUCUGAAAAGACAAUGGAAAACAACUAUGCACAAAAUGAUCUUCAGAAAUACAACAAGGAUUCAUAUGAAAUAUCAUGGAAAGACGAAACUGGUGAUGAUAUAUUAUCUUCUUUACGAACAUUUCAAACCAUAUUUGACGAAAAACCACAUGGAAAUGAAGGACUUUCUGAUUUAUUGGAAGUACGAGCCAAGGAAAUCAAAUUACAAAAAAUUCAUCAAGAACAAGAAUUAGCUCAACAACUGUUACAACAACAAAUGGAACCCAGUAAACCGCCAAAACGAUCUGAUUGUUUAACUCUUAGUUAUAGGGAUGGUCCUACUCAUCGACAUUUGACUUUAUAUCACACUAUGAAAAUGAGGGGUCCUGAUGAACGAAUGGCUGCUUAUAGUAAAGCAUUUCAACAUUGUAUUCGUGCCGAUAGUGGAUUAUCCUCAUGGAUAGAAAAACAAUCAAAUCAACCUGCUCCUGACACAUGUAUCAUGACUUCUAGGCCAAGUUUAUCUUUGAAAAAGUCAACAAAAAAGUCCAUUUUACAUUUACCAGGUCGAAAACAAAAAUCAACAGCAGAAGAUCUUUGGUUACGUACAACCAAACUAACUGAUUCUCAAUCAUCACAGUUAACAACAAGCGACAACAGCAGCAACAACAGCAACAGCAGCAACAACAACAAUAACAACAAUAACAACAAUAACCAUAGCAUUACACCCAUUGAUGUUUUAUCUACUGCCAAUGCCUUGAUGCCUACUCAAUCAUCUAUUACCCUCAAUCAACCAACAAACAAACCAAAUUCAAAUACAAAACCUUAUGAUUAUGUAGAUACACCAAGUAAGCCAUUUUCUAAGAGCAGAAAUAGUGUAGAUAAGGAUAGUUUAACAUCAAUGGACAUGGAUCGACCUUCCAAAUCAAGCAAACUAUGGUCAUCCUUGGGAAGAAGAUCAUCAAAAUCUCGUAGUGGCACUCCAUCUAUUCGCUCAAUUGAAAAGAUUUAUCAGCCUCCUGCCUCAAUACAAGAAACAUCUGAACCUUUUGAAAAGGCAUUGGAUGAUCUAUGCGAAAUCUUGACUCAUGUAGACCGAUCCGUAUUAAAAACUUAUUUGGAACAAGCCAAUGGUGAUUAUAUGAAGACGUUAUCUGUGAUUCGUGCUGAAGUGACUUCUGGCAAGCUUUGAUUUAUUAUUAUUAUC